UGGUAAAAUGUAUCAUCAAGGAAUAUAGUUAGUAGCUAGUACUUAGAAAGAAAAAGAGUAGAAGAGAGAGAGGUAGAAUCAUCAGAAAUGGAGGAGAAUGUUGUGAACACUAAUUCUACUUCUUCUUCACUCCACCUACAGCAUGAUCAAGAAGAAGAAGAAGCUUCAUCUAGAGAUGCAGGAGGAUGGAGAUCAGUUAAAUAUAUCAUUGGUAAUGAAUCGUUCGAGAAAUUGGCUUCGAUGAGUUUGAUAUCGAAUCUAACAGUGUAUCUUCUGACAAAUUAUAAUCUAAGUGGGUUAUUUGUGGUGAAUGUGGUGCAAAUUUGGAAUGGAUGUUCAAACAUUGCAUCAAUAGUUGGUGCUUUCAUUUCUGAUACUUAUCUUGGCAGGUUCAAGACUCUCCUCUAUGGUUGUAUUGCAUCACUUCUGGGAAUAUUGACCAUUACACUAACAGCUGGUAUUCAUCAACUGAGACCUAUUAGCUGCAAGAAUAUUCAUACACCAACUUGUCAACAUCCACAAAAUUGGCAACUAGGAGUUCUCUUUGCAGGUCUAGGACUAUUAUCGAUCGGUGCUGGCGGAAUUAGGCCUUGCAACAUUGCUUUUGGUGCUGACCAAUUUGACACCAAGACAAAAAAAGGAAGACUGCAAUUAGAGAGUUUCUUUAAUUGGUGGUACUUCACUUUCACCAUUGCACUUGUUAUAGCACUCACUGGUGUUGUCUAUAUUCAAACCAAUGUAAGCUGGACUUUAGGAUUUGCAAUUCCAACGACGUGUCUCGCUUUUUCAAUAACCAUUUUUCUGUUAGGCCAUAAAACUUACGUUUACAAAAAACCUCAAGGGAGUGUUUUUACUGACAUUGCAAAGGUGAUUUCAGCAGCGUGUCGGAAACUCAAACUUCAACUUUCUGACAAACCUUUAUAUGAUCCUGUUUCAACAUUAUCGGAAUCAGAUAACAUUAGGCUUGUUCAGACAGGUAGGUUCAAGUUUCUUGAUAAGGCGGCUAUAAUAGCCGAUCCAAGUGAACUGAACAACGAAGGUAUUGCGAAAAAUGGUUGGAGACUUUGUAGUUUGCAACAAGUGGAACACUUGAAAUGCUUGCUUGGAGUUCUACCAGUUUGGGUGACAGGAAUUUGUUUUUUCAUAGUAAUGGAUCAAAAAAACACAUUUGGUGUGCUUCAAGUUAUACAAACCGAUAGGUCUAUUGGACCGCACUUCAAGGUUCCACCAGGUUGGAUGAAUUUAGUUUCAAUGCUAGCACUUGCAUUUUGGAUAUGCAUUUAUGAGUGUUUCUACAUUCGUAUAAUGAGGCGAAUCAAUAAAACGGCUCCAAGAAGAAUUAGCAUGGCAUACAGAAUCAGAAUUGGGAUUCUGUUAUCCAUCUUAAGCAUGUUGGUGGCUGCAAUUACUGAGAAGAAGCGUCGUGACUUGGCUUUAAAACACGGUUUGUUUGCUUCGCCAGUGAGCUUUGGUUUGCUCUUACCCCAGUUUGCACUGUCGGGUUUCAGCGAAGCCUUUGCUACUGUUGCUAUAAUGGAAUAUUUUACCUUACAAUUACCGGAAUCUAUGAGAACCGUUGCUGGUGCCGUCUUCUUUUUGAGCUUGUCCAUUGCUAACUACAUUGGUUCAUUAAUUGUCAAUGUUGUUCAUAUAGCAACAUCACAUAAAGGGCAAACACCUUGGUUAGGUGGUCAUGAUAUAAAUCAUAAUAGGCUUGAUUGCUAUUAUUAUUUAAUUGCUUCCCUUGGUGUUUUGAAUUUUAUCUACUUCCAUUUCUUUGCUAGCCAUUAUUUGAUAAGCAGCAAGGACACUGAGAAAGCUAAGGUGCAAGAUGAUGAGGACAAGGCUAUGGAGUUGGAGAUAAUAGGCACUAUAUGAAGGGAAACUUGAUCAUAUACUCUCAUUUUGCUUGAGUUUAAAUUUAAUAAACUUUAGUUCUUUGGAGCUUAUGCUUUUAUUUAUUGUUGAUUCCUUUAGCUUAAAGAAGUUCUAUGUAGUUCAGUUUUGGUAUGGUUGUAUAUGGUUUUAAAUCCUUUUUUUUUUUGUUUAUCUUGAACACUUUAUGUGUAUGUCAGUUAGUAAACUUUUAGUUUAGAGAUUAGUUUUAUUUUAUUAGAAGUUUAGAGAUUAAA